AAAGAAAUUUGCACUUUUUAACAUACAGGAAGAUAGAGUACGAAUGGGCAUGGAGCGCAUAUCCUCCGCUCCGAGGUUAAGUUUUUCAACCCAAGAUGUCUUCAAUCUGAGGAAUCACAAACUAUCGCAGCUAUCAAGCUCCUCGCCAGGAAUUUACAGCUCACAGAAGAAAGGAUUGGAUUCUAUGAAUCAGCAGGUCAGUCUCAGAUCGGAGACAUCGACGCCAAGAAGUAUUCUAAUCAAGUCAAAUGAAGCAAGUCCAGAACCAAGUCAAGAGGAGGAAAAAGAAGAAAAAAAGCUUUACUCGAUUCGGUUCGAGCUCCAGUUCACAGCAUUUGUUUUUUUAUGCUUUACAUUUGUGGUUGUAAUUCCAAUAUCCAUGGUUGCUAUUGGCAGCGUUUUCAUGUACAGUUGUCCGGCGGAAGUUAUGAUUCCCGUCUUUCUAGUUGUGGGUGGAUCUGUGUUUCUGUUCUCCGUCGUGCUGCUUCGGAAACUUAGCAGGAUGGCAAAGCAAAGCGAGUCCGAUGAAAUCUGCUAUAAAAAAAGUUUUAUGGUCGCACUCAUUGGUCAACUUGGCUGGUUUGUUGCAGGGUGUUAUUGGAUAUAUGGAGCAUAUGAACCAGAUUACUACAAUGAAGACAAUUCACAGUAUUGUCAUAAAACUUUGUAUCAGUUUUCUUUUUGGCUCUUGAACUCUAUCUUUCUCACAUUAUCAUUAUUUGCCGUCUUGUUUUCUGUGUACAUAGUAUUUGGAAGAGAACAAGCUCACGACAUUGGAACUAAAGUAUGAAGUCAUACAAUAAAACUAUAAAAUUGUGAUGUAAAGCAUUUUUUUUAACUGUGGAAGUUCAGAUCAUAUCUAAAUUUUGAUUUCGAAUAAAUACUUGUUAUUUACAUAAAAA